UGCGUGCCCAGCCGUCGGCCUUCCAUCGACCUCCCAUCUGCGAACAGCUCAAUCAAUUUCUUCCGCACACUGCCGCUUGCCAGACAACACCUUCUGGCCCUCAAUCUCGAGCUACCUUGCGUGGCUGGUCCCGCAACCCAUUCGCUCUUACGUCAUAUUCGCGAUUAUGUCCAGCGAGGCCGACAAAGUCCCUGAACAGCAACAAGCCGCCGGCCCCCCAGUGUCGGCGGCCACCAGCGUCGCCGAGAUCCCAGCUCCUAACCCGCCCGAGAAGCAGGCGACGGAUAACUCCAAGGAGGCCGGCGCUGCUGCCCCGAAGCCGGGUGAAGCCUCGGCUGAAAGUGCACUGGCCGAAAACGCCACGGCGCCGCCCACCAACGGCACCGAUGUAAAAGAAUCGGGGGCCGCAUCGGAACUCGCGAAGCCGGCCGAUGCCGCCGAGUCUGCCGCGGUGCCGACUGCUCCCCCGGCGGUAGAGGCCCAGGCCAACGGCGCCGCCAAGGAAGAAAAAACCCCCGAGAAACCCGAGCCCGAGACGGCGGCACAACCCGUAGUCGCUGCUCAACCGCCAGCAACCGACGCCGCCGUUUCAGCCGCCAGCGCCGCGACCGCCAAUGGCGAAGCCCCGACCUCCAAGGGCGGCGCAGACACCGAGAAAGAAGCCCCGGCCGCUGCCCCUGCCCCAACUGCGCCGACAGCAGCCACAGAAGAGGGCGCCGCAGCGCCGCCGGCCGAAGCAGCCGGCAACAAGCGCAAGGCCGCCGAGGCGCUCGGCCCGGAUGCCGCCGACGCGGAAGCUGACGGCGCCCAGAAUGGCGGCGGCGGCGGCAAGAAAGCCAAGACCUCUGCAGACGCGGCGACAGCGACAGCGGAGACCAACGGGGCCAAGCCCGCCGCCGGCCCACCUGCCAAGAAAGCUGGUCGGCCGAGGAAGCAGGCCCGGCCUGCUGCUGCGCCGGUGGGCAGGACGGAGAGGAAGACGAGGAGCCAGGGCCCGGUUGAGGUUUGAGGUUUGAGGUAUUGAGGUUUGAGGUCUGUCUGGCUGAGGGAGGGCGGGGCGAGGUGGCCUGGCGAGUGGACGGCGAGUGGGAGGUAGGUCAGGACGGUAGGUCGUGGCUUGCGGUGUUGUUUCUUGGAUGAUGCCUCUUGGGUAAGGUCACUGCGUGAACUAUGCCCAAUGCAUGGGUUGAUGGGGUCAGGGAUGGUGACUGGGAUCUUCAAAAUCUUGGGGUUUCCCUUCCUGUUUCUUUGUGUUGCUUCGUGACUGAUAUUUCAGGGUCUCCGGCCAGAUUUUCUCAAGUUUUUUUCUCAGUGGUUCUCGAAUCCUAUCAUCAAGGCGUCGCUUCCGCAAUCACCUAAAGUCAUGGCCAAAAACAGUCUUAACGUCAC